GUCAAAGAACCCAUAAAGAAAUGAACUUAAAACCUUUUAGUCGAUCAGUUGGCAAUUUCUUUUAGUUCAUAACAUGUUUUUGUGUGUCCACAGCUAGAUCAGAAACAGUCUGAUGUUUGUUGUCAAAGAACCAAAAGAGCAAUGAACUUCAAAACCAGUUCUCAAUUCUUGAGCUAGUUAGUUGUAGUGUAACAGCAAGCUAUCUUUUCUUGAUCACACCCUAGAUAGGAGAGAUUAGUACUAUUCAGAAACUGUGUUUUGAGAUUCUGAUUUUUACAAAAAUUAUGAUCCUUUUUUGCUUGAUGGAUAAUUCUCAUUUCUACAUUAACUUUCAUCCUUUUUCUACUUGACUGUGAUUCUCAGCUGAAACUAUGGCCUAUGAAAACAAACCAAACACUGACCUGGACGCUGAUGCCCAAAGAAGAUUGGGAAGGGGAAAGAUAGAGAUCAAGCGGAUCGAAAACACCACCAAUCGCCAAGUUACCUUCUGCAAAAGGCGCAAUGGUUUGCUCAAGAAGGCCUAUGAGCUCUCUGUGCUCUGUGAUGCUGAGGUUGCUCUCAUAGUCUUCUCUAACCGUGGCCGCCUCUAUGAGUAUUCCAACAACAGUGUUAGAGAAACGAUUGAACGAUACAAGAAGGCAUGUGCAGAUACUUCAACUAAUGGAUCUGCCUCAGAAGCUACUGCUCAGUACUAUCAGCAAGAAGCUGCCAAGCUGCGCAACCAGAUAAAUGCUUUGCAGAACAGUAACAGGGGUUAUAUGGCUGAGGGUUUAAGCAAUAUGAAUAUCAAGGAGCUCAAGGGCAUGGAGAGCAAACUUGAGAAAGCAAUUACCAGAAUUAGAUCCAAGAAGAAUGAACUCUUGUUUGCCGAAAUUGAGUACAUGCAGAAAAGGGAACUUGACUUGCAUAACAAUAACCAGCUCCUCCGAGCAAAGGGGCAGAUAGCUGAGAAUGAGAGGCAACAGCAGAGCAUAAAUGCAAUUGCAGGAGGGCAUGGAAGCUAUGAGAUCGUGCAGCCGACUCAGCCCUUUCAUGAGGCUCGCAACUAUUUUCAAGUGAAUGCUUUGCAACCCAAUAUUCAUCAGUACUCGCGCCAUGACCAAGUUUCCCUUCAGUUAGUGUAAUUGAUAUAUACGUAUGUUGGCCUGGUUUCUGCUGACUUCAUAUUCAAUGGAGGGCGCAUAUGUAUUAUGCACCAGAUGAUAGCUUGCUAGCUACAAGUAGUACUUUGUUAAGUAUGAGUUGAGCGGAAAUCAGGUUUGCUUUGUGGUUAAUUGAAAAAAAACCUCUCCCUCAGUUAGUACUGGAAUUUCACCAAGUACUAAAAUGGGAUCUCUUGCUUGUAUAAUUAUUACUUAAUUCUGCAGCACUAUGUUCUAAGAUUCUGUGAGAUAUACACUUUUAACAGUUGAACUCGUAAUUGAUCUUUUAUAAUAUUUGGUGUGCAUCUUUUAAUAC